AUGUUGAGGUCACGAAAACAUGGCGUCGAGGGUUUCGCUGAAGAGCGGCGGCGGCGGCGGCGGCGGCGGCAGGGGAAGGGAGGCAGGGGAGGCGGCGGCGGGCGCGCGGCGGAGGAGGACGGAUGGGCGGCGGCGCAGGCGAUCAAGGAGUGGAGCACGUGGGCGAUGAAGAAGGCCAAGGUCAUCACCCACUACGGCUUCAUCCCGCUCGUCAUCAUCAUCGGCAUGAACUCCGAGCCCAAGCCCCACCUCUCGCAGCUCCUCUCUCCCGUCUAG